AUGAAAUCACAAGGUAUAUAUAUACGCGGGAGGAAAAACACGGGAGGAAAAACACGGGAGGAAAAAGGACGAGAGAGAAAGAGAGAGUGAGUGGAAGAAAUUAACGCCCGUAUUCCAAAAGCUCGCCCUAAAUGAGUGCAGCUUCAAUCUGAGCUUCUUUUGAGUGUAAAUGCUGUUUUUGAAUAGCUAGAUGGUGAGUAGUCACAUAGUAAGGUAUGACACUAGCCCUCCAGCUAUUCAAAAACAGCAAUGACGCUCGAGAGAAGCUCAGAUUGAACUUCCACUCAUUGAGUGCCAGUGUAAGUAAGCUUUUAGAAUACGGGCGUACGACUCCUGCGCUAAUCUGUUUGGUGUGUUUCAUAAGUUUAUUGAACAGCUGUUUGUUACAGCAGCCAUUGGAUAGUAAGGAAACGAUCACUAGAUGGUAUUAAUCACAUUAAAGUCUUUUGCAUUUUACUUAAGACAAGUCGCUUGAGUAACUAUAUUUGUAUAUAUAGUAUAUAUAACACUGGCUGCUUAGUGUGCAGAAAAAAGUUCUCAGAUUUAAUCAGUCUAUCAAACCAUUGUACUAUGAAACAAACAAUUUCAUUUCCAGGUUCGUGAUUUCAAUUUCAUAUUCGAAUAUGCAAAGAGACGGAUGAUUUUCAUAAUUUCACGACGUGAAUAUACAAUUUUCCCUUCCUGUUUAGAACGUCGCAGAUUUAUGCUUCUUUUGAAACAAAUAUGAGACUAGUUUUGGUCCCCAUGUAUUUUUUAGUAAUUCUAGUUAAAUAUAUUUUUAUUGACACGGUUGUUUUUCUUGUAUUUCGCUAAAUUCUGGACGUGUUGAUUUUUGCAAAAAAUUAAUACUUUCGUCGCCAUAACAAAUCAACAAAACUGCAAGCAUUGUUAAUAACCACUUCAAUACCAUCAGUAUUAUUCACAAAAACAAUUUAAAAUCAGGUAAACGUGGAAAGAUAGAAGAAUAGAAGUACUUACAACAGUAAAUAGUCAAUCAAUUUUAGUUGCUUUGUCAAAAACAGUGCAAAAAAGUAUGACAAAUAAAAAAACGCUUUCGAGCGUGAAAAACUAUCGUAAAUAUAGUAUUAAAUUUUAGCAAUAUACACACUGAUGCAAUAUAGUUAUACUGAAUAGUUGACCAAUCUGAUUGAAGUGGCUACAAACUAAAGCAUUUAUCCCGUAAACAAUACCAGCAGCUUUUGCAUUUAUUCCAAAUGAUGCAACAAAGUUCACUUUUCAAAAUACCGAAAUAUACGGCUUUUUUCGAAAAAAAACCUAUAAUUUUUAAACAACAGAAAUCUUUAUUAAUAACAUGAUAAUUUAUACAAAUAUAUCACAUAAUUAGACUUUCAAUUAAAUAAUAAUAAUAAUAAUAAUAAUAAUAAUAAUAAUGAUGACGAUGAUGAUGAUGAUGAUGAUGAUGAUGAUGAUGAUGAUGAUGAUGAUGAUGAUGACGAUGACGAUGACGAUGACGAUGACGAUGACGAUGACGAUGAUGAUGAUGAUGAUGAUGAUGAUGAUGAUGAAGAAGAUGAAGAUGAUGAUGAUGAUGAUGAUGAUGUUUAUUGAGCAAAAUUAACUCAAUGUAUUGGCCCAUUGGCCCUAUCAUGUCAUGCAGCUGAAUUCACGGCAAUUCAUGCAGUCAAUUUAUUAAGUUCGUCUAGAUCACCGAACAGUUGGAAGCGGUAGCAUGCCAUGCUGUUUGGAGAGUGCUUGAAACCGGCAUUGACAUCGCAAGAAAUCAGAUCGCUUCAAAGCGACUUCGCCUUGACCAAGUGGGACUUCGCCUUGACCAAGAGGUUUCUUCAAUGAACGGCGUUCAAUUCUUUAUUUCCUGCGUUACAAGUGUCACGUGCAACGCAAAAUCUGCGAUAGACGACGACAAUGAAACAAGUUACACGCCCGAAAGCUACCCAGCGAUUGCCUACUUCGUCGUGUAA